AUGGAUUUCAUUACUGGCUUACCUCAUACUCCCCAGAAGCAGGAUUCUAUAUGGGUUAUUGUGGAUAGGCUGACAAAAUCAGACCACUUCCUCCCAGCCAGGACCACAUAUUCAGCCGAGGACUAUGCGAAGUUGUACAUCAAGGAAAUAGUACGACUUCAUGGAGUUCCCACAUCUAUUAUUUCGUACAGGAGAGCCCAAUUCACAACCCACUUUUGGCGGUCAUUCCAGGAAGGCUUGGGAACAAAAGUCACCUAUCAAUUGGUUCGAUGUUGGCAAAAUGCAACUAAUGGGUCUAGACAUAGUCCAACAGACGGUGGAAAAGUAUCUCCCAUGAAAGGAAUAAUGAGGUUCGGCAAGAAAGGGAAGUUGAGUCCAAUAUAUAUUAUCCCUUACCUGAUUCAUCACCGAAUAGGAAAGGUUGCCUACGCACUAGACUUGCCAGCAGAUCUAGAAGAAGUACAUCCAGUCUUUCAUGUAUCAAUGCUUCGCAAGUGUGUUGGUGACCCGUCUCGAUUACAUCCCAUCAAUGAAAUCCAUGUCACGGAAGAAUUGGCCUAUGAAGAACAACCGAUCGCCAUCUUGGAUCGGCAGAUUAGAAGAUUGCGAACUAAGAACGUAGCUUCGGUUAAGGUGCUGUGGCAGAAUAGAAAUCGGGAGAAAAUGACCUGGAAAGCUGAAGAGGACAUGAGACACAGGUAUCUGUACCUGUUUCCGAUAUCUACACGUAACCCCGAUUCUUGA